AUGUUCCUGUACUGGUGCGGCAGGGACUUCCGCUGGAAGGGCACCCACGCCAGGCACCUGCAGAAGAUCCAGCGCGGCGGCCGCUCCUCGCUGAUCGGCGCGGCGCCCGGGGCAGACCUGCUGUCCCCCGCGCUGCUGGUCGGCUGGCACGAGUGGCACCAGCAGCGCUGGGUCUUCCGCCCCAUUCGCGGGGGUCCGGCGGCUGGGGGCUGCCGGUCCCAUGGAGGAGGCCGCCGCCGUGGCCGCCGCUGCGCUUCAGGCGGCGCCGGCGGCAAGCGGCAGGGCCCCGCGGGCGCCAGAGCGGCC